CACCAAAGUAACACAGGAAGAUGGUCCUCAAUUUCUCAUUUGAUCAACUUCAGCGUCGCCUUGCGGGUCUGCACUUUGAGAACACACACUGAAUGAUGUGCUCAUGGCCACGCUGGCCAAAAUCCUUCCAACUUAUUCCAGAAUUUCAAAUUCCUUCGUUAUACUGCGGUCGUCUCUGUCCGGGAAUAUCGAGGAUGACUCCCCGUAAAUGCCUGAUAUAGUGUCUAGGCGUCAACUAUGCGCUGCCGCGAGUUGUAACCACUCACAACGUGUAUCAGACCGCGUACAGACUGGCACUGCUACAUAGAACUCAGCGAAUGAUGUCCUCAUGUUCUACGACCACUGAUAAAUACUUUGCUUAAGGUAUGUUGCUGUAGAUCGGUCUUUGAUUGUUGCGUUUGUUGCCGGUUUGCCGCCUAUAUUUUCAACGGUACUCUAUAAAUUUGCUUCAAACACCGUAUCCCCCUGUUCAAAUUAGCCACCCUUCAUGAAUUCACAAUGUCGCACAUUGGAAGAGCUGACAGCAAUCCUUGAGGGCUGUCAGAUUCAUACCAAUAAGGACAAUUUCAUUGGUUCAUGGGAUUUCCACAUGAACGAAAACCAGGCGUUCAUCGAUGGCGUUAGACCAGCUGUCUCGCCAGUAGAUUUGACCUCGCCCGUAGGGUUGUCUCCAUCUAUUGAUUUCACGGAGCAUCAGUCAUGGGAAAGCUUCGUCUUGAAUCAAAUUGCUCCUCCUACGGUCGACAUACGGAUGGCAUCCUCUGUUGAGGCCUACCUCGUUCGUCUUCAGGCGUCACACGGUCAACAUCUGACCGUUGACGAGGCAAUUUUGAUUCUCAGGAAUUACCUGCGGUUGGCUUAUCCCUCCUUGCGCAAUGCACACUUUGGACAUUUCGCAUCUCCCUUGACGCCCGUUGUUCCUCCUGUCGGAGUUGCUCCCAUGUCUCUUGACAUUGUCGGCAUAGGUCCAGGAACCAACGCAGGUACUUCCAUGGAAGUAUCAGCUAUGUCUGACAUGAGCUCUCAUCGUCGUAUCUUUGUAGACGGAGACCGCGUCAAAGUGGAGUGCUUGUGGCCUGAGUGCGGAAGGAUACUUAUGAAAGAUAGCCACCCCCGUCAUGUACGGGAGUGUCAUUUGCGUUCUAGGAGAGGAGCCGUGCGCACAAAUAAUGAUUUUCACGGCUGAUGCAAGGAGCUUUGUGAUGGACUGCAGUUCUCUCUAUUUGACUGAUUUUUGUAUUAGAACAUAGCGUUAUAAAAGGAUAUCGUACGAUACAAUGUAAAGAAUCAAAAGGACUUGAUAGAUUUUUCCACUUUA